AUGGCAACGGUUGUGUCGGGCGACGGGAAGCAAACAACCGGUGGCCUGACAACCACCACCAUCCUUACCGGUAAUGGACGGCCGAGGAACAGUACGCGCGGUGUACUGCAAGCGUCCCUGGCCAAGCAGGAGGAAGACGACGAAGAGGCGGACACCGAUGAGAUGGAGCAGGACGACCCGCUCAAGGGACGGAUCGGUCUCGACCGGGGCCAGGAUCCGUCGCAGAUCGCCGCACACCCGAUCGGACUGCUGGCCGGUGGUGGUAUGAUGGGUGGUGGCCCGGGCAGCCGAACGGUACCGGGCGGUCAUCAGCGAGCGGGCGGUCGGCAUCGGGGUACCUCCGCCCAGCAACACCCACAAUCACUUCCCCAUAUACGGGAGGAACGGAAGCGGAACGGCAGCUCGGAUGCAAACGUGCGGAAGGAUGGUGGUGGUGGCGUGGUGGACGAUGAAGCCGAUACCAGCGGCUCCAUGAUGGAGGAGGACGAGGAGGAGGAGGAGGAUAGCGAGAUGGGACAGGGUAAGGAACCGAUCGACGACCGGGACCGGCUGGUACCGGACGACGAGGAAGACGACGACGAGAACGAACCGAACGAAGACGGCUACAGUGCGGAUGAGGACGAUUCGGCGCGGCGGGUCCUCGCCGUUCCACUCAUACCGACGGUAGCCGGCUCCGGGAAGCACCAACAGGCUGGCGGCUCCAGUACGACCAGCAAACAGCAACUCCCACCGCCCCAUCCCAAGUAUCAUCGUAACCGGCGACAUACGCUAGCGAACGUGCGCUUCAUGGACAAUGCGGAGGGGUCCGGCAGUGGACCACCGAGCGGUGUGAUGAGCGUCGUCGGAGGGUAUACGAGCCGGCGCUCACCACUGCUGCUACCGUCGGGCGAUGGUGGACCCGGCGGACCGGGUACACUACUCUCAGCCGCCCUACCGCAGCGUCGCGAAUCGUUCCUCUAUCGUUCCGAUUCGGACUUUGAGAUAUCGCCGAAGGUGUCGUCCGUAUCGCUGCUGGCAGCACGAUGCAACGCCAACAGCGGGUCCGGUACGUCCAGCUCGAACGUGACCAGCGGCACCGGAAGCGGUGGAACGUUGACGUCAACCGCCGGCCGGGAUGGCGCGUUCCACUGGAAGGAAACCACACUGGAGGAACCGACCGUACUGUCGUCGAUUGCAUCGUCACCGUCCAGCAGUGCGACGACCGUUAUUGGUGCCGCCUCCACCGUGGUAACAUCGUCCACGUCCGAGCGAACUACUGUCAUGAGCGGAUCUGGCGGUGGUGGUUCGGGUGGACAUCAUGACGAUUUGAUCGUGACGCCCUUUGCGCAGAUUUUAGCUAGUUUGCGCACCGUACGUGCUAACCUGUACGCACUAUCAACAGCCCUACCGGCAUCGGUGGCGGACAGUGAGCUGACGACGCGAAGAUCUUCCGCCGGUGCGGAGAGCGCUGAAACCGAUCCGGGCAGUGGACAGGGCGAUGAUAGCCAACCGGACAAGGAAGGUGACCUGCGACAACUUACCACAGAAACGAUCGACGAGCUUGAAUGGUGCCUGGAGCAGUUGGAAACGGUUCAAACGCAUCGGAGUGUAUCGGACAUGGCAUCGCUUAAGUUCAAACGGUUACUGAACAAGGAAUUGUCCCAUCUGAGUGAAUCCAGCAAGUCGGGUAAUCAGAUCAGCGAGUACAUCUGCACAACGUUCCUGGACAAACAGCAAGAACCAGACGUACCAUCCGUGCCGGUAGUAGGUAGUGCCUUGAUCGGACGACAAACGGGGGCCGCGGGCCGUAUGUCGGAGAUCAGUGGAUUCAAGCGCCCGUUGCAGCACACGAACUCGUUCUCCGGUGCAGCCGGUGCCGGUGCCGGUGGCAAUAGUUUGGCGGAAAGAUUACCGCCGUACGGUGUGCCGACGGCGACAGCGGCCGAUGAAGCCGAACUUGGCGGGCUGCUCGGCCAGAUUGACCAGUGGGGCGUGGAUAUCUUCCGCAUCGGCACGCUCAGCGGUAGUCGCCCACUGACAGCGGUCGCCUACACUGUGUUCCAGGAUCGUAACAUCCCGCGAACGCUUACCAUACCGCCGACGGUGCUGCUGGCGUUCGUCAGCACGGUCGAGGAUCACUACGUGGCGGACAAUCCGUUCCAUAACUCGUUGCAUGCGGCUGACGUGACGCAAAGUACGCACGCGCUACUCCACAGUCCGGCACUGGACGGUGUGUUUACACCGCUCGAGGUGUGUGCGGCACUGGUCGCCGCCUGCAUACACGAUGUCGACCAUCCCGGUUUGACAAACCAAUUUCUUAUUAACUCUAGCUCGGAAUUGGCGCUUAUGUAUAACGACGAAUCAGUAUUGGAAAAUCAUCACUUGGCGGUGGCCUUCAAACUUAUGCAGAAUGAUGAUUGCAACAUCCUGCGCAAUCUACCGAAAAAGCAGCGUGCUACCUUCCGGAAGAUGGUGAUAGACAUGGUACUGUCAACCGACAUGUCCAAACACAUGACGCUGCUGGCGGAUCUGAAGACGAUGGUCGAAACGAAGAAGGUGGCAAUAUCGGGCAACCAGAACCCGUCGGAAUCGCGCAGCAGCGGUAGCGGUGUGUUGCUCCGCCUGCUGGACAGCUACACCGACCGGAUCCAGGUGCUGCAAAACCUGGUACACUGCGCGGAUCUGAGCAAUCCCACCAAACCGCUACCGCUCUACCGGCGCUGGGUGCGCCGCCUGAUGGAGGAGUUUUUCCGGCAGGGUGACCGGGAACGGGCGGCCGGUAUGGAUGUGUCGCCCAUGUGCGACCGGCGUUCCGCGACGGUGGAAAGCUCGCAGGUCGGCUUCAUCGACUACAUCGUGCAUCCGCUGUGGGAGGCAUGGGCGGAACUGGUACGGCCGGACGCCCAGGACAUACUGGACCGGCUGGAGGAGAACCGGGCAUACUACCAGGCACUGAUACCGCCACCAUCGCCACCCUCGCAGGAAAAGGACGAGGAGGAAGACGAUCAGCAGCAGCACCAACCGUCCCAGCCGGGUGCUUCCGGUGGACCUGAGGCGACGGAGAAGGAGGGUGGCAAGCGAAACGAACAGCAGGAACCCAUGCCCAUCGAUCCACAAGCGCUGGCCGCAAGGUUACGAUUUCAGAUGACCCUGGCUGAAAAUGACGAGGAAGAGGACGAUCUCGAUCAAGACAGUGCCGGUAAUCUGGAGCAGGAACCGCAGUGA